AUGGAGUACCCAGUGCGACGGCCACAAAAACGUGGAAUCUGCUUUAUUGUUACGCUUUUUGCCAUCGUGCUGGUCGCUACGGAGGCGGAUGAUGCUCCCUGUGCUACACCGCCAAACAUAAUUUUUAUUUUGGCCGACGAUUUGGGAUGGAACGAUGUGGGGUUUCAUGGCUCGGCGCAGAUUCCUACGAACAAUCUUGACGCGCUGGCCUAUUCUGGUAUCAUCCUGAACCGAUACUACGUACAUCCCAUUUGCACUCCGUCGCGAUCCGCUUUGAUGACCGGAAAACACCCCAUUCACACCGGAAUGCAACACACGGUUUUGUACGCGAUGGAGCCGAGAGGACUUCCGCUUACGGAAAAGCUGCUGCCCGAGUAUAUGAAGGAUUUGGGGUACUCCAACCACAUGCUCGGGAAGUGGCAUCUGGGACACUACCAGCUACGCUACACGCCGCUUCAGCGAGGUUUCGAAAGCCACACCGGCUUCUGGACCGGCCAUCAGCACCUUAACGAUCAUACGGCGGUAGAGCACGGCCACUGGGGACUCGAUAUGCGGCGCGGAUACAACGUGGCCUACGAUCUGCACGGAUCAUACACCACGCAAGUACUCGGCAAGGAAGCGGUAGAAAUCGUGCAAACGCACAACACGAGCCGACCCUUGUUCCUGUAUGUUGCCCACGGUGCUGUCCAUUCGGCCAACUCGUACGAUUUUCUGCCUGCCCCCGAUGAGACCGUGGCCGAGCUGUCGGGCAUCGAGAAUUAUCGGCGCCGCAAAUUUGCCGCCAUGAUGGUGGAGCUGGAUCGGACAGUUGGGCAGCUGGUAACGGCGCUUCAUUCCCGCAAUAUGUUGUCCAACACUAUCAUCGUAUUUAGCACCGACAAUGGAGGUCCUGCCGAGGGCUUCAACGAUAAUGCGGCCUCCAAUUGGCCUCUUCGGGGCGUGAAGAACACACUCUGGGAGGGCGGAGUACGUGGGGCAGGUUUCAUCUGGAGUCCUCUGCUUCAAAACUCCAGCCGUGUUUCCCUUCAGACGAUACAGAUUUCCGACUGGCUACCGACGCUCUACGAAGCCGCGGGUGGCAAUGUCAGCUCGUUGCCAGCGAACCUGGAUGGUGUCAGUGUGUGGAAGGAGCUAAACAACGGUAACCCGACUAACCGUAUUGAGGUAUUACACAAUAUCGACGACAUUUGGCAAUCGGCGGCCCUGGCCGUGGGCAAUUGGAAGAUUGUUAAGGGUACGCACUACAAUCGCACCUGGGAUGGCUGGUAUGGGCCAUCGGGUACGAGAGAAGAAAAGGCGUACGCACUGGACGCCAUCAUUAGGGGGCGCACGGGUCGCGUGUUGGCUGAGUUGAAAAUGCUUCCGACGAAGAAGCAGAUCAUAAAGCUACGUCGCGAAGCCACCGUUUCCUGUGGGGAAGGGUUCCACAUGGCCAACGAAUGCAACCCACUGACAAGCGUUUGCCUGUACGACCUGGAGAAAGAUCCCUGCGAAUACCGCAAUCUGGCGGACGAUUAUCCACAUAUUCUGCAGAGCUUACUCGCACGGCUGGCGGAUUAUAACAGUACCGCGAUACCACCGACCAAUAUGAAGGAUGAUCCUCGCGGUGACCCAAGCCUUUGGAACUACACGUGGCACAACUUUGGCGAUGAACCAGCUGCUGAAGGUGAGUCAGAUUAUUACGACGCGCCGGAACUGGAAGUAUUGCUCGCUUCGGGCGACAAUCGUUCUUUCGAGUAA